AAGGUCUUCUAAUCAGGAGCACAACUGUGACAGAGUCAUGGCAAGGCUAAUUUCCCACAUGGAUUACUUCAUCAUCUGUGUAACUCUAGCUUUGUCAAUUCCUUGCAGGGUAUGUGGUACUGCUACUCCCUUCUUCAUAUUUGGAGACUCCACUGUGGAUCCUGGAAACAAUAAUUACAUCAACACAAUUCCUGAAUACCAAGCAAAUUACAAGCCUUAUGGACUCAAUGGCUUCUUUGAAGAACCCACAGGACGCUUCUCUGAUGGCCGUGUGAUUGUAGAUUUCAUAGCUGAAUAUGCUAAGUUGCCAGUUAUUCCUCCAUUUUUACAACCUUCAGCUGAAUUCAUCAAUGGUGUUAACUUUGCCUCUGGUGGGUCUGGCAUUCUUCCAGAAACCAAUCAAGGACAGGUGAUUGAUCUUCAGACACAGAUAAAACAUUUCGAAGAGGUUCAAAAAUCGUUAACAGAAAAGUUAGGAGAAGCAAAAGCAAAUGAGCUAUUCUCAGAAGCUGUUUACUUCAUUAGUAUUGGAAGCAAUGAUUAUUUGGGUGGUUAUCUAGGUAAUCCAAAAAUGCAGGAAUAUUAUGCCCCAGAAGGAUAUGUUGGCCUAGUAAUUGGGAACUUGACCCAGGCAAUCCAAGUUUUGUAUGAGAAAGGAGGUAGAAAAUUUGGCUUUCUGAGCUUGUCUCCACUAGGUUGCUUACCAGCCCUGAGAGCUCUAAGCCCCAAGGCCAAUGAGAGUGUUUGUUUUAAAGAAGCAUGUGCCCUUGCACAAGCACAUAAUUCUGCUUUAAAAUUUAUCCUAACAAGCCUUGAACAUAUAUUGAGAGGAUUCAAGUACUGCAACUCCAACUUCUAUGAUUGGCUCCUGGACAGAAUAAAUAAUCCCUCUAAGUAUGGUUUUAAGGAUGGAGUGAAUGCUUGUUGUGGAAACGGACCAUAUGGGGGCAUCUUCACCUGUGGAGGCACAAAAAAGGUCACAGAUUACCAAUUAUGUGACAAUGCUGAUGACUUUGUAUGGUGGGACUCUUUCCAUCCUACAGAGAAAAUUCAUGAGCAAUUUGGGCAGGCUCUUUGGAAUGGACCCCCUUCAUCUGUAGGGCCAUACACCCUACAACACCUCUUCCUUAGCAAAGAGGAGCUGACCAUUGCUGACGAAGUUGAUGACCCAGAUAGACAGAACUUUCACUACUAAAGUUAGACACAGCUUGGUGAUCCUUUUUUUUCUCCUCAUAAUCAAUAUGCUAUUUGAGCUAUGCUUAAUAUCCUUGUAUGCAAGAAUUGGAUACUAUAAUGAUAUGAAAAAAGAUAAGUAUAGAGAAUAGGCACCCUUUUAUUUUAAUACUCUCUUUUGAGAGUUGGUUUGCAGUUUUAAUCUCAAUUAAUAAAAUCUCUUUUCGUGAA